AUGAGAUACUGUUACAGGAUGGCCGGCGACGACGACGUUCCAGAAUCGCUCGAGGCGAUCAACCUCAAGAUGAACGCCGUCACGGACGAGGUACGUCCUUCCGUUUCUCGAAUCUCGUGAGGUUUUGAACUUUCUGAUGAGACGGUUAACAGAACCUGAGGCGCAGAAAAGGAAGUAUACGAAGAUAAAAUAGAAACAGGCUUUUUUUCAUUCUUUCAAAAAGAAUCGAGCAGAUUUAUGAAUUUAGAAAAGUUUACUUUUUGAAAACUAGUAAAUGACAAUAAAUAAAAAUAAAACAAUAAAUGAAAAUAAACUUACCUGGAGAUUCGCGGAAAAUUUUGGAAUUGUAUAUUUUGGAAUUUUCCCUCGAAAAGAGAACCUACUCAAGAAAUUUCAAGGGAUCACUUAAAGAGAGGAGCCGUGGUCUUUUUCCCACCCUCCGAAUGGUCCCUUGAGUGGUAUAUAUAAAGGGUUGGAGAAUAACAAGAAAUGGUUGAACUGGCGAAUUUGCAGAAGAAAAAUACACUUUUCUGGAUUUUUGAGGCGCUUAAGAGUGCAAAGUCCUCUUUAUAAUCCUUCUUUGACAUUUCCAGGUUUGGCUAGGGAUUUUAAGUUGGUCCCCGACCUGUCAAUAAAUUCAAAGAAACCCAAGAAAAUGAAUAGGCGACACAAAGAAGAAGGGAAAAAAAUUGUUUCGAGAGUUGGAACGACUCUGGAGGCAAAUGAAAUUAGGGCCGGCCCUUGGGAGAAGAAACAAGAGCAUAAUUACAACAUCUUCACUGUGUCGUCGUCAAAUUCCAAGUCUGACUGCUCCAGAAAAAUGGCCCCUUUUUUCACUAAUUUCACCCCUCAUUUGUUGGCUUUCGUCCGACUUUUCUUCUUUCUUUUUUCCAAAGUUACUCACCCGGUUGGAUUGCUCGUUUUAUCAAUCUUCUAAUCUCUUUGAAAGCCUACGUAGGAAUUUUCAUCAAUGUUCAUUAACUUUAACCGUGCUUAGUGGAGAAGCAAGGAGGAAGAAAAAAAAAUACAAAAUGCGGAUCGUUUUUGGUCACUUUGUAUAACUCCUCGUGUGGCUGACGCUUUGCAUUUCGGACCUGCGCGUAAGUCGUUUCUGGUCGGUCGUAUCUUCAUAGUAACCGCAAACGCUGCGAGCCAUUCUCCAUGCGACCAACUUUUUCAAAGUUAGGACUACCCGACUCUAAAAUGUUUUUCUAUUCAGUAUGUUAAAAAUAUUUUUUGUUUGUUGCAAUUAAAAACUGUCCCGACAGCUCAAAAAAUAAGAUUAUCUGAAGAGGCUCCAAAAAAAGGAAAUUUCCGUCUGUCUGGCGUCGCUUCAGGCUUCCGUUGAUCUCUUACAGUUCUAUCAAAAGUCUUAUCAUCCACGACACAAAUCAAAGAAUGAGGAACCAACUACGGCCAGAAGAGACUCCAGACAGCAAGAGGAUUUCCCCUUUGUCUGGAAUCUCUACAGGGUGUCGCUAA